AUGUUAAUAAACAGUUCUAACUCUUCUCAACAAGAAAAAUCGGGUAACGUCAAGGUCAAAGACAAGUAUCAGAUUAUAAAAUUAAUAGGCAAGGGUAGUUAUGGAGAGGUGUGGCUCGUUAAUCCAUUAUCUCCAAAUCAUAAACCAGCAAAACAAUACGUAUUAAAACGUAUGAGUUUACGUCAACAAACAUCGGAACAAGCAGAACUAGAAGGUGCAGAACGUGAAGCUAAGCUUCUUUCAUCUUUAAACCACCCAAAUAUUGUCAGUUACACGGAAUCAUUUCGUUCACAUGAUGGAUUUCUUAAUAUUGUUAUGAAUUAUUGUGAAGGUGGUGAUGUUUAUACAAAAUUAAAAGAGCGAAAACAAAAAAAACUCGGACUAUUAGACGAAGAACAAAUCGCCGAGUGGUUUAUCCAAGUGUGUAUGGCAAUACAAUAUAUCCAUGAGAGAAACAUACUUCAUCGUGAUUUAAAAACGCAAAAUAUAUUUUUAACGAAAAAUAAUAUUGUCAAAGUUGGUGAUCUUGGAAUAGCACGAAUAUUAGAUAAUGUAAAUGAAUUGGCUACAACAAUAAUCGGAACUCCUCCAGAAAUUUUUUCCAAUAAACCGUAUGGUCAGAAAAGUGAUGUAUGGUCAUUGGGUUGUUGCAUCUACGAAAUGACAACAUUAGAACAUGCAUUCAAUGCAAAUGAUAUAAAUUCACUUGUUAUUAAAAUAAUUCGCGGACAAACACCAGAAACAUCGAAGGAUUACAGUAAACCGUUAACAAAUUUAAUUGAAUUAAUGUUAAAAAAAGAUCCUAGUGAAAGGCCUACCGUUAAACAAAUCUUACAAAGUCAAUAUAUGAAACAAAACAUUAUCAGAUUAUUGGACAAAACAAGACAAAAACAAGCAAAUGCAAAAUCGGUUGUUUCGACGUCAUCUGCUGCUCCAGUAUCUAAAUCGCCAAAAACAAAACCACCUUUGGAUGAUUAUCACUCGUUGCCUAUAACACCAUUACCAUCGUAUGAAGGAUCUGAUAAUAAACUAAGUGAUCCACGAGAACGUCGUCGCAUGCAACAGCGAAAUAAUCAAGAUGACAAUAGUGACACUGAUAGACAGUUUAUAGCUAGAGUGCAAGAAAACGAUACAUUAAAUCGAUUCCGACGAGAUAAUAACCUACAGCAACAGUCGCCAAAGAAUGUAGUACCACAAUUAGCGAGUUCAUUUGAUUCAAAUAAAGAUGUCCGUAAUCCAAACUCCAGUGCUCGUCAACGUCGUCGUAACAAAGUACAUAGUCAAAAUACAAAUGAUAGUCAAAAUUUAGAGAAUGAUAAAUAUUCAGAAAUGAGUAUUAAUAGUGAUGCAAUUCAACACGAAUCCGAUAAUUCAAAACCAGAAGUACAAAGUUCACAUAAUGUAGAAUACAGUCGUUCAUUGUCGAAUGAAAGUAUUGUGUCUGAAGCAGCAGACGAAGAAAAGAAGAAAGAAAGUGAAAAAGAUGUACAAGAUUUUCUGUGUAUGUUAACAGCAACACUCCAUUUACCAAAAUCUUCUGAUAAAACUAGUUCAUCGAAUUCGAAUAUUAUUGAUAAUUCAGUGGCUGCUGGUUUUGCCGCUGUUGAUUUAGAAAAAACAUAUGAUCCAAUGCUUGAAACUAAUAAACUAUUGGAAAGACGUGAUAUAUUAAAAGAAAAUUGUUUAACAGAAAUAAGUCUAUCUGAACUUGAAUUGUUACUUGAUAUUAUUAAUCCAGGAGAUGCAACGGUAUUAAAAAAAGACAUGAUCAAUAUUAUUGGGGAAAAAUUAUAUGAAAAAUAUUGUGCACAAAUAGUUACAUU